UUAGAUUAGCGUGGUGCCUGGUUUUGAGAGUUUCAAACAUGAAGGAAAAGGCGACCACACCGGCGGCUGAAGCCGAGCAAAAACCGGCUAAGGAGAAGAAAAAUGAAGGCGAAAAGGAGCUGGAAAUGUCCGAGGAGGACAAACUUCUUCAAGAAGAGCUGGAAAUGCUUGUGCAACGACUGUCCGAGGACAACUCGGAGCUGUACUUGGCCGCCCUAGAGAGCUUGCGGACACAGAUCAAGGCUUCCACGACGUCCAUGACGUCGGUGCCUAAGCCCCUCAAGUUCCUCAAGCCGCAUUACAAGACGUUGCAGGAGGUCUACGAAAAGAUCACAGAAACGGAGACCAAGAGUUUCUGUGCAGACAUCGUCUCGAUCCUGGCCAUGACCAUCAGUGAGGAGCGGGAGUGCCUCAAAUACCGGCUGCUCGGCUCACGUGAGGACAUCGGCUCCUGGGGUCAUGAAUAUGUGCGGCACCUUGCGGGGGAGAUCUCGCAGGAGUGGUCCGAGGUGGGGGAGGGCCCCGAGCAGGAGGCCAAGCGGGAGGCCCUGCUGCGGCUGGCCCAGCAGAUCGUGCCCUACCACAUGGCCCACAACGCGGAGGCCGAGGCCUGCGACCUGCUCAUGGAGAUCGAGCGUCUCGACCUGCUCCAGGCCUACGUCGACCAGGAGGCCUACCCGCGGGUCUGCCUCUACCUCACCAGCUGCGUGCCAUACGUGCCGGAGCCCGAGAACACAAACCUGCUGAAGACGGCCAUGGAGAUCUUCCUCAAGUACGAGCGCUACCCGGAAGCUCUGCGGCUGGCCAUGCAGCUCAACAGCCUCGAAGUGGUCCAGAGGAUCUUCAUACAGUGCAAGGACCCGGACGUGCAGAAACAGAUGGCGUUCAUGCUGGGACGCCAGCAGAUGUUCCUGGAGCCCAGCGACGAGAUCGAGAACUAUGACGACCUCGCCGAGAUCGUGUCCAACACAUCCAUCAACGACCACUUCAUGGCCCUGGCUCGAGAGCUGGACAUCAUGGAGCCCAAGACUCCGGAGGACAUCUACAAGUCGCACCUUGACAACACACGCCCCUCGUUUGGGCCCGGGGGCAGCGUGGACUCGGCGCGGCAGAACCUGGCGUCGAGCUUCGUCAACGGGUUCGUCAACGCCGCCUUCGGCCAGGACCGCCUCCUCCUGGAAGACGGCAACAAGUGGCUCUACAAAAACAAGGAGCACGGCAUGUUCAGUGCAACCGCGUCCCUCGGACUCAUCCUCCUGUGGAACGUGGACGGCGGCCUGACCCAGAUCGACAAGUACCUCUAUUCUACAGAGGACUACAUCAAGGCAGGAGCCAUUUUGGCGUGCGGCAUCGUCAACUGUGGGGUCCGCAACGAGUGUGAUCCAGCGCUCGCUUUGCUGAGUGACUAUGUGCUCCACUCCAGCACCCUGAUGCGCAUCGGAUCCAUCCUUGGGCUUGGCUUGGCUUACGCCGGCUCGAACAACAAGGAGGUCAUCGUGCUGCUCCUGCCCGUGUUCACGGACCCAAAGUCCACCAUGGAGGUGCUCGCUGUGACGUCCAUUGCCUGCGGUAUGGUGGCGGUGGGCUCGUGCAACGGGGACGUGACCUCCACUAUCAUGACCGCCCUGCUGGAGAAGUCCGAGACCGACCUCAAGGACACGUACGCCCGCUUCCUGCCCCUCGGCCUGGGCCUCUGCUACCUGGGCAAGCAGGAAGGAGCCGAGACGAUCACGGCGGCGCUGGAAGUGUUGCCAGAGCCCUUCCGCAGCAUGGCCACAACCCUGGUCGACAUCUGUGCCUACGCUGGCACGGGGAAUGUCCUCAAGAUCCAGCACCUCCUUCACAUCUGCAGUGAGCACUACGAGGUACAGGAGAAGGAGGAAAAAAAGGAUGACAAGAAGGACAAGAAAGAGGACAAGGAGGAGAAGUCGACGGGCCCUCCGGACCUGUCGAGCCAGCAGAGCGUCGCCGUUCUCGGCAUUGCCCUCAUCGCGAUGGGAGAAGAGAUCGGCUCCGAGAUGGCCUUCCGAGCGUUUGGACACCUGUUGCGGUACGGGGAGCCGGUGAUCAAGAAGGCGGUGCCCCUGGCCCUGGCCCUGAUCUCGGUGUCGAACCCAAGGCUGAACAUCCUCGAGACACUGAGCAAGUUCUCGCACGACAGCGACAACGAGGUGGCACACAACGCCAUCUUCGGCCUCGGCAUUGUGGGUGCCGGCACGAACAAUGCCCGGCUGGCGGCGAUGCUCCGGCAGCUGGCCCAGUACCACGCCAAGGACCCGAACCACCUGUUCAUGGUGCGGCUGGCCCAGGGACUGGCCCACAUGGGCAAGGGCACCCUCACCCUGGGGCCCUACCACUCGGACCGACAGCUCAUGAGCCCCGUGGCCACGGCCGGCCUGCUGGCCACCCUGCUCGCCUUCCUGGACGUCAAGAGCAUAAUCUUGGGCAAGUCCCACUACCUGCUGUACUGCCUGGUGACAGCCAUCCAGCCCAGGAUGCUGGUCACCUUCGACGAGAAACUCCAGCCGCUGCCCGUGCCGGUUCGUGUCGGACAGGCGGUGGACGUAGUUGGACAGGCUGGGAAACCCAAGACCAUCACCGGCUUCCAGACGCACACUACCCCCGUGCUGCUGGCUUACGGAGAGCGUGCGGAAUUAGCCACCGAAGAAUACAUCUCAUUGACUCCUGUGCUGGAAGGAUUCGUCAUCCUCAAGAAGAAUGAGAACUUUACGACGUGAGAGCACAUCGUGCAUCCCUUUCGCGCCAAGUUCUUAAUUGAAUCUACCAGCUUUCUAACUUAAUAAAAAGUGUUUUGCCUGACAAAGGCAUCUCCUCUUG